AUGGCUCCCAGCAGGGUCCGUUUCAUCGUGGGACCCCGCCCUGAGGCUCAGGUCAACCCGGUCCAAGCUGACAAGGUACAGAAGCGCAAGGUCAAGAACAAGGCCAUCGAUCUCGCAGCCAACGGUACCAAGCCUUGGGACGAUGCGCAACGACGCACGCUGAUUGACCUUCACGCUAAGUACCAGACAUGGAAGGAGGUUGAGCAGCAGCUCGGCCGAUCUCCCAUGGCGUGCAGAGGUGAGUUCAAGAAGUUGAGAGACGGCGAGCGCGAGGACUUGGGUCCAUACCAAGCAAAGGCUCGGGCCUGUGAAGCGAAACGAGAGAAAGACUUUCCUAAGGGAGGGUCGACAGCCAGGAUGACCGCCCCCAGAACUCCUGAAGACAGUAUGACAGCAAGUGCCAGUACUACGAUACUCGGCAGCCCUGAAACAGCCAGAAGCUCGGACGUGGAGUCGGAUGGUGUCUUUCCGGAGCCUGCGCAACUCACACCAACGACUUCGUCAGGGAGCAUCAGGACAACCAGGAGCCACGACAAAGAGGCCAGACAUGAUAGUCUGCCGACCCAGAGCCAGGUCGAUAACUUGCCAGUCUUCGCAGUCAGCACCCCUCCCAAGGACGUCGAAAGCAAUGUCGGACCAGUAAUGAGUUUCGUCGCCGAAGGCAUUGCCAGACAAAGGAUGGGUACAAUGCUCAGAGCACUAGAUCGAAACACCACGGUGCUAGCGGUCGACCGCGCAGCGGAUGACGAGCUGGAUGCGGUAGCGUACCCAGCCAUCGUGUCGAGGUCUCAGCCAUACACAAGCCGGUACACCUUCAGAAAGGAAGAAGCUUGGGUAACAAUCAAAAGUGGCCCAGACAGGGGCAUGUACUACCAGCAUCCAUGGGGCUUCGACGUACUGUGCGGCCCCCAGUGGUUUAGUGAAGCGGUCACUUUGAGAUAUAACCGCGAGCAAGCACGUAAGUCGUACUCAACGCCAGUCGUAGGACUCUCCGAUGCAGAAGCCGACGCAGACCUGCGUCUCAUGACCUAG